AUGGCAGGGAACAAGUUUAACUGUGAUUUUUUUUUCGUACAUAAACGAGGAAGCCCAGAAGUAUAUGGCUUUGAGGCGGUUGAGAAUUCUGGCCAGAUCUCUGCUCUCGGCAUAGCCCAGAGGGAAGCGGCCCUCGUUCAGAAAUCAAGGCCCAGUGCCCCAGCCCAAAAUCGACUCAGAAUCCCCAUCGAGAUCGGUCACCACCAUGGCCGGCGGCGGCCGCCUCUCGGAUCUCUCCGACGACCUCAUCGGCGCAUCCUCCACUUCGCCCCUUCAAAGGCGGCCGCGUCCACGAGCGCGCUCUUGCGGCGGUUCCGCUCGCUCUGGCGCGCCUCCGCCGCCGUCAACCUCGAGAUCCGCGUCCCCGACCGUCUCCUCGACCUCCCCAGGAACGACCGAAUAGCCCGCAUCCUCUCCCUGCGGGACGGCUUCGCGUCCGGCGCCAGGUCGGCGCUCGACGCCGCCGCCGACGAAGAAGGAGAAGACCCGGUCACGAGGCUCACCUUCAACCUGGACGCCGACAGCAGCAUCCUGGCCAACGACUUCCUGUACCGCGACGGCGCGGGCCGCUGGUCGUUGCAGGAGAUCGACGUGGUCGGCGGUCUGCUCUCCCGCCCCGCGGCACGCCGGGUCGAGGAGCUCCGUGUCGCCGUCACGCACUACGGCAUCGCGGCGCGCCUGGUCGAGGAGCCCGGUUCCUCGUCCGACAUCGGGCUCUGCAGUCUCGGCCUCGGCGCGCUCCCGUCCGAGACGCUGCGCGUGCUGGACCUUACCAACUGCGAGCUGAUCCGGAUGCCGAUGCCGAUGCCGGCCGGCGGCGUCGCGUUCCCGCGGCUGGCGUCGCUGCGGCUGCUCCACUGCGUCGUGCCGCUGGGGCACCUCCAGGAGCUCGUCGACGCCGCGCCGGGCCUCGCCGUGGUUCACCUCGAGUUCGUCCUUCUCGCGGCAGAAACACAAAGGAAGAAUGGUGAGGGGCAGGAGGAGGAAGAGGUGCUCCGCCUGCGCUGCCCGGCGGCCACGGCGCCUGUGCUUGACCAGUGCGGCUGGACGCUCCGCGGCUCCGGCGUUGCUGUCGCCGUGGAGAUCGACGCGCCCAGGCUGCGGCGGUUCAGGUACAGGGACUCUUGCGGCGGCUCUCGCUUUGCCCGCCGCCGCCGGACCUGGCACGGGCCGACCUGCGCUUCACCUCUGAAAGCCCAUGCUUCCAUCAUAGGCGCAGCGAUGAUCCACUCCGGGCUCGGAACCGCAUGUUCUUCUGGCAAUUCCUUUCCGACAUGGUCAGCGUCAAGGAGCUCAAGCUGGCGGUGUACCGCCUCGAGGACAUCGCCGUCAACCUCCCACCGGAGACCACCGAGUGCAUGCGCCCGGCAUUAAAUGCCCUCGAGCGCCUCGAGCUGGAGGGAGUGCACAGGCCCAAGGGCAAGACCGCGGCGGUGGCCAUCGUCAACCUGCUGUGGACCUCCCCCGUUCUCCGCCAUCUCCGGAUCAACCUCACCACGACGAAAGGGGAUUCUCACAAAAACAGUCACUAUGUGCGAGAGUUUCUGGGGAGGAAAUCUCGAGACGAUCUGAGCGGCUCCAUUAGCCAUUUCCUUGGCCGCUGAAGAUUGAACCAUAUGGUUCCUCUCGAAGGAGACAAUGGCGAUGCUGGUGAGUAUGGCGAGGUUUCUGACAUCCCUGCCUUGAGUGUGCUAGUGCGAGAUAGCUUAAGACAUGUGAGCUUGGAAUUUCGACCCGAGAAGACGAACUGCUUCGGGAAGAAGCUGGUCAAAUUCUUCGCCGAGAACGGAAUGGCGCUGGAAGAGAUGUGUGUGGACGACGGGAACGGGAGGAUGCAUGAGCACAUGAAUCGCAAGGUUGAGACCUGGGUGGCUAAUUAAGAAGGAAAGGGAAACACAAGCUUGAUGGUAUUGCCCCGGAACCAGGAAUGCCGUCGAUUGAAGUUUCAGAUCACCGGCGGUGACGACCGCAUCAGUAAGCUGGGCAACAGCGUGCUGGGCCAUGUCGUCUCCUUCCUCCCGGCGCAGGAGGCCGCGCGCGCAGCCGCGCUCUCGUCCCGAUGGCGCUACACUUACGCCGCCGUCCACACUGUCUCGCUGGUGGAGAGGGAGAGCCCCAUCCUAACCUACGACUCUUCUGGCCGCCUCAGGACCACAGAGGACCCCAACCCGCCGCCGCCAUUCUCCGACACCGUCACCGCCGCACUCCUCGCACGUCAUCGGCACCGGGCAGGUUCUGGCGGCGGCGCAUUGCCACUGCGUGCGCUCCGCGUUCACAAGUACAAUUACUGCCUCGAUGACUCGCGCACGGCCGACCAGUGGCUCUCGUAUGCUCUGAAGCAGGCCGACACCGACCUCCAGCUCGACCUCCGCCUCUACAGCACCGGCCUCUGCAGCUACUCCCUACGCCGCGCGGUUUCCUCGGAGGAGGAGGACGGGGAGGAGCAAUCCAAAAUCUCGGAAUGCAAUGAUUCGCUCCUCGCACACUCCAUCGGGGAGCACGACGACAACACCGACGAGGACGUUUCUUCUGCGGCAGCGACCUCUGAGUCUGACGAAUGCAGCGAGUAUGAUGAGGACAACUCGCUCCGGGAACAAGACGGCGCUGAUGUUAUCGCUGAAGCAAUCUCCUCUGCCUGGGAACACGCUGAUGACGCCGUCUCCUCCAAAGACGACGAGACCACAUCGCUGCCGGAGCCCGAGUACACGGUUCCGAGCGGGCUCUUCUCCUGCGACGUGCUGUGAAUGCUCCGCAUCGGGCCCUGCAGGCUCUCGCCGCCGUCCGCCAUCAGCCUGCCGUCCCUCCAGGAGCUGCUCCUCGUCUACGUCUCUGACGAGAUGGAAGAAGUGCAGAGACACGUAUCCGCCUGCCCGCGCCUCGCCGAUCUCACGCUCGAGGCCUGCCACACGGUGACCGUGCUCAGCACCACGUGCCUCCGCAGGCUCGCCCUCCGCUGCUGCCACAACCUGACCAGCGUCGCCAUUGACGCGUCGGAGCUUCGCGCCUUCGAGUACCACGGCGCCAUCCCCAACACGUCCUUCCUGACCAUGCCCGGCAGCGACGACUCGCGGCCAUUGUCGAUCGCGUCGUGCAACGUCGACAUCUGCAGUGAGGAGGUCACAUCAGAGGAGGAGCUCACCAGGCUCAGGGAGUUUCUGCAGCUGUUCGUAGGCACGAAGCACCUCCACCUGCAGUCAGCUCGCCUGGGCUCCGGCAUUGACAAGGCCACCUUCAUAAGCCUCCCGGUAUUCUCGAGCCUCCGCCACCUCAAGAUGAGCGGAUGCCUGCCACACAAUGACGAUGCCAUCGUCGCCACGAUGAGCAGGAUCCUCCAGCAUGCCCCGAACCUGGAGGUGCUCACGUUGGUCUUCCAAACAGAGCCUCCGCCGCCGCGUUGGGACAGGUGGCUCCCUGGCCGGCACUUGGGCUGCAAGGAACGGGAGCUUCACGACGUGCACCAUCUUGAGCACUACAACCCCUAUGAAGUCCUCGACGCACCGAGCGCCAUGAUUCCUUGCUUGGCAGACCAGGUGAGGGAGAUCAACCUGGUGCAUUACCAUGGCGGCACGGCGCAGAGGACACUGGCCAAGUUCUUGCUCUGCAAUGCUCCGCUUCUUGAUGAACUCUACUGUGGAUUCGUCCCGGGGCCGCUAAGGAUUCAGACUGAAUUGAGGCAGGAGAUCGAAGGUUGGGCGAUGAAUAAACCGGAGAAUAGGAUCUUCUACUAGAAUAUGGAUGGAUGGAUGAUAUGCGCAGAUAAUAAGUUCAAUUUCAGCAAAUUUGUUUGCCUGGUUCUGAUAAACUAUUUUGUUUGCUCUGCUGUGCCGAUGUUGCGAUCUUGAGCAGCUUUCUGUUCGUUCUGAAUUAUGAAGUUGAUCCUGAACUAUGAGUAAAAUGAAUUUUGCAGUUUGCUUUUUAAUUAUGGUACUCCAAGUUGCUCCAAGUUUUCCUAGUACUAGUGGAGUAUACUAUAUACUAUCGCAGAUGUAGUUUGUCAAUUCAAAGUUACAGAGUUCUGGAUAUAAUUGCAGUCUUGCAGCUUCUUGGUGUUGCAGUAUAGUAGUAGACUAGUAGCAGCAGCAAACCCAAGUUUAUUUUCUUGGCUCAUGCAUGCCUGCAGUUUCCUCAUGGCUAAUUUGAUUUGUUUUAGGCCUGAAUCUGAACUAUUAAUCCAUGAAAGUACGAUCCACGUAUUCUUCCAUUAUUCCAUAUUUUGUGCCCUGUUGGUGCUUGGUUACUCUGCUGUUCUAGUGUUAUUUCUCACUGAAAUUAUGUUGCACAGCCCUAAAUCUGCUGACAGGACCCUAAAUCUGUCUGAUGAUGGCGAAUUAGGAGCAAGAGCAUAUAUCCCUGAAAAUGAAUGGCUGGAGGUUCAUGUCCCGUGAAGCCGUGAUUACUGUUAUGAAUCCUCCAAGGCUCAAGAGUCUGCUUUUAUGUGCCUAUCGUUCUGAGUUCAUGUCCCGUGGCAUAAACUUUGUAUUUGCUCUGUAGCAAAACUGGAUGCAUCAUGCUGCUUCAACUUAUCAUCUACUACCAUUAUGGAAGUACGGGCCAGAUGUUUUGUAACAUGUUCGUUGCGGUAUAGUCUUUAUAUUUUUUUUUCCUUACUAAGAUAAGACAAGUGUGAUGGGCCAUAUCCAAAUAAGAGACAAUAUUCCAUUAUUUUCUUCUAAAUUAGUUAGGCAAGAGAAUAGAUUGGAUAUAUUGAAAUAUGGUUUAUCAUGAAAAUAAAGAUUAGUUUUUGGCCAAUCAUUGUACAUCUAUGAUUCUCUCCUAUCCCAUCUCUCAUUUUUUUUUGUAACUCAAAUCGGAACCAAAAGCGGCGAGGUGCGGGGAGCCAGCGGCGGCCGGUCAGCCGCAGGACGACGCGAGCGUGGUCCGCUGCGGGGCAGCACGCGGGUGAUUAGCGGCGCCGCUAGUGAAACAGGCAGCGGCGACGGGAGGGCAAACAAAGGCUGCGGCUCCCUGCGGCGGCGGCGGGUGGCGGCGCAGAGGCGAUUUGGGGCUGCCCAGGGCGGCCGGCAGGCGGCAGUAGCGAUGUCGGGGCGACCGGAGGCUGCAGCGCUUGUCAGCAGCAGGGGGUUCCGCAGAGGCGAUUUGCGGCGGCCUAGGGCAACCGGCAGCAGCGGCGUGGGGGCAAUCAGAGGGCGAGCUUCCACAGCAACGGGUGGGUCGCAGACUCGCAGGGUUGAGAUCGGAGAAGAUGCAUCAGUGUUUGCGUUUCGAGAUCCUUUAUAUAGACAAAGACGAAGCUCUGAAACAACCAAAACGAGUUGCACUUGACUUCACCUCUCCUCUCGUGAUGAUGGUUUGGAGGUACCGCUUGGUUCUUGGGCUUGUGACAGCGGGGAUUAUUCUGCUCAUUAUCAUAAACCCGGCAUCGGCAUCGUAUGCCGGACCCGUUUGUCCACCUUGUACUUGCUGCCAACAUCCAUGUAGCUGCGGUCCAUCGUGAUUGUAUAUUUCUAUAUCACUACCAGGCUUUGCACGGCGCGACGUCUUUUUAGCUCUACUUUGGGGUUAAAUAUCAUUAGAUUAUAUCUACAUGAUCUUGUAUGUGAUUAUAGUGUUGCUAAAUCUGGAAGAGAUUUUAUUAAAUAAAUGCUUGAGAGAGCCCAGAUGUUCUUUUAUUCGCCUUUGAUCCAUGAUAAAGCAUCAUACUUACGAGCA